AUGCUGCCAGCCUGGCUGGAGGACCGUUGGCAACCCAUUCCCGAGCUGCACCCGCCGUCGCCGUGUCCAGGCUUAGAACUUCUACACCCUGAUUCUGUCGCGUACGGUACCGAUGACAGCAAUCGGGAUGUUCACUACUAUGGCGGCGAUGGCGACUUUGGUGGCGACGGUGGCGACAUCGCCGCCUGUGUUUUAUCCCCAUCACCCCCCGGCAUCCCCAGCGCCCACUCUUCGCGCUGUGUGCGGAGCCCCCUUGGAGGGAACGUCACCAGCAGAGGAGGGGGAGGGGGUGAGGGCCGCCUGGCCGCUGACCACGUCUUCGGACAUCGCCCACAUCGCCCACAUCACCCGAACGAACUAAAAAUUCCAGAAAAAAUCUUCUUGAAGCAGCAGCAGCAACAGGAGGGAUUGUCUCCAAUGCCGCCGCCGCCGCCGCCGAAGCAGCAGCAGCAGUCGCAGCAGCAGCAGCGGGUUCCUAACACUGGUGCAGCAGCAGGAGCCCCCACUGCCGCCGCUAUGCCGCUGCAGCCGCCGCGAGUCGCGGCAACCCAAAGCCAAAUCGCAAAUACCCAGCACCGACUGUACGAUCAACAGCAGCAACAGCAGCAGCACCACCACCACCAACAACACCGCCAAGAACAGCCGCAACGCCAUCACAACCACCACCACCACUACCAACAACAACAACGCAACCAGCAGUUUAACGACAAUAACCAACAUCAAUAUCAUGCCGAUUAUUAUCAUUUACAACACCGGCAAUACCAAUAUCAGUAUCAGAACCAGCAGGAGAUGGACGUCCAGGAACUAACCAUCGUCCCGGUGCAUACGGAGUCUUUUGCACCCACCAUCAUCAUGGCGGCAAAACCGACUGCGGUUUCGGCUGCGGCCCCCGUUGAUCCAGCAGCGACCUCCCCGGCCAGUACGGCACGGUAUUGCGGCGCUACUGACGAUUGGAAUCAUCAACAACAUCAACCUCAAUAUCAACAUCAGCCGCUUGAGACGCUGCAACGUCCCAUCCAUCAAUCCGGGCCGAAGCAACCACUUCACCAGCAGCCGCUACAGCCGCCACCGGUGUGUCAUCAGCCACGACUGGCCCCUGCGCCGCGUCCUCUCCAGCUACAGCCACAGCGGCGUCCACUUUUCCAGGAGCCGCCGCCGCCGCAGCAGCAGCCGCAGCAGGACGAGAGGCGAGGACAGCACCCGGGGGAGCCGUACCAAGUGCGAGUUGCCGCUGUGGAGGCAGUGGCCGCUUUGCGCGAGGGCUUGCUGCUCCGGCAGCUGCAGAUAGCUGCCGCGGCGGGGGAGCUCCGGGGCCAGCGGCACCAGCGGCAGUUGGCGGUCACGGAGAUGGCGGCGGCGGUGCGGGAGGCUGAGCUGGCGGGCCGGGUCGCGGAGCUGCAACAGGCCGCUACAGCCCGUGAGCAGCAGCACCGGCAGGAGCUUGCAGGGGCGUACGACAUGGCGUCAUGGAUUGCUGUACAUGCUGACGGCGCUUUAUGGCCCGGUAGCACCGGCGGAGCGUCUGAGCAGCGUCGGCAGCAGCAGUGGCAGCAGGAUAUGCAGGAGCGGCGGAGGCAGGCCGCAGUGGCAGCGGCAGUAGCAGCCGCAGCGGAACAGGAACGUCAGCUGCAGUGGCGGACAACGGCGGCGGAGCGCCAGGCCGAAGCGGUACUGGAUCUGCAGCGACGGCGAAGAGAUGAGGUGGACCGCCAGGCUGCGGCGAUAGUAGAGGAAGAGGCGGAGCGCCAGCGGCGGCGGCACGUCGAGAUGGCGGAGAAGGCGGCUGCCGUAUUGCAGUACGGUGAGCAGCGACGGGCGAAUGUGGCUCGCCAGGCGACUGCCAUUCGUGAGUCAGACAGCAUGCGGCUUGCUGACGUGGCGCGGUGCGCGGUGGCGAUGGGGGAGGAGAGCCAGCGGCGCCGGGCGGAGGCGGUGAGUCAUGCCGUACAGGUUGGCGAGCAGCGGCUAGCACGGCAGGCGGCGGCUGAAGCACAGGCGGCGUUGUACGGCGAGCAGCGACACCGCCGUCAGGUCGCUGCAGCAGCGCAAGCGGAGCAGGCCGUACAGUACCGCGACUGGGAACACCGUCACAUGCAAAUGGCGGUGGCGGCAGAGGCGGAUCGCAUGGCGUGCCUCCACCACCAACAGCAGCUCGAAGUGGCUGACCGGGUGCUGGAGGCGGGUGCCCAGCAGCAGCGACGGCACGCGGAGGAGAUGGAGGUGGAGGAGCGGAAGCGGAAGCGGAGACUGCGGCGGCGACAUUGA